AGAGACAUGACCGUCCACGUGAUGCCGUGCUCCCGCCCUCCUCCCGACUGAGGAGGAAGAGCAGAGAGGGGAGGGGGCGCGAGGCAAGGAAAGCUCUGGGGAUGGGGGAAGGGGGGGCGGUGUAAGGCUGAGUGAUUUCCUUCCGGCACGUCGCCCGCUCCGUGGGAGGGGGUGGGGGGUUUCACUUCCGGGACGGUGUUCCGGCCCAUUCCGGCCCAUUUCCACCCCCGGAGCAGGGUUGAAUGCACCCUCAGGCACGACCAUGGAGAAAGGUGGGAACAUACAAUUGGAGAUUCCUGACUUCAGCAACUCUGUCCUGAGCCAUCUAAACCAGUUGCGCAUGCAGGGCCGUCUCUGUGAUAUUGUGGUCAAUGUGCAAGGACAAGCUUUUCGGGCUCACAAAGUGGUGCUGGCUGCCAGCUCCCCCUAUUUCCGGGAUCACAUGUCCUUGAAUGAGAUGAGUACAGUCUCCAUUUCAGUCAUCAAGAACCCUACUGUUUUUGAACAGCUCCUUUCUUUCUGUUACACAGGGCGGAUAUGCCUGCAACUGGCAGAUAUCAUCAGCUACCUAACAGCUGCCAGUUUUCUGCAAAUGCAGCAUAUUAUAGACAAAUGUACACAGAUCCUGGAGGGCAUUCAUUUCAAAAUUAAUGUGGCUGAGGUUGAAGCAGAAUUAAGUCAAACAAGGACAAAGCAUCAAGAGAGACCUCCAGAGUCUCACAGGGUUACACCAAAUCUCAACCGCUCCCUUAGCCCACGACAUAAUACCCCAAAGGGAAACCGGCGAGGUCAGGUUAGUGCUGUGCUGGAUAUCAGAGAGCUAAGUCCUCCUGAGGAGUCCACCAGCCCUCAGAUCAUUGAACCAAGUUCUGAUGUAGAGAGCCGGGAGCCCAUUCUUCGGAUCAACCGAGCAGGACAGUGGUAUGUGGAGACAGGAGUGGCGGACCGUGGGGGUCGGAGUGAUGAUGAAGUUAGAGUUCUUGGAGCAGUACACAUCAAAACUGAAAAUCUGGAGGAGUGGCUUGGGCCUGAGAAUCAGCCUUCUGGAGAAGAUGGGAGUAGUGCAGAGGAAGUAACAGCCAUGGUGAUUGAUACCACAGGCCAUGGUUCUGUAGGACAGGAAAAUUACACUUUAGGGUCUUCAGGAGCUAAGGUGGCUCGGCCAACAAGCAGUGAAGUUGACAGAUUUAGCCCCUCCGGCAGUGUUGUUCCCUUGACAGAGAGACACAGAGCCAGAAGUGAGUCUCCUGGGAGAAUGGAUGAGCCUAAGCAACCCAGCUCCCAGGUAGAAGAGUCAGCAAUGAUGGGAGUAAGUGGCUAUGUGGAGUAUCUCCGAGAGCAGGAAGUAUCUGAGCGGUGGUUCCGGUAUAACCCUCGUCUCACCUGCAUCUAUUGCGCCAAAUCUUUCAACCAGAAGGGAAGCCUGGACCGCCACAUGCGCCUACACAUGGGGAUCACACCAUUCGUCUGCCGCAUGUGUGGCAAGAAGUAUACCCGGAAAGAUCAGCUGGAGUAUCAUAUCCGCAAGCACACAGGCAACAAGCCCUUUCACUGUCAUGUCUGUGGCAAAAGUUUCCCCUUCCAGGCCAUCUUGAAUCAGCACUUUCGCAAAAACCACCCUGGCUGUAUACCCCUGGAGGGGCCUCACAGCAUCUCCCCUGAAACAACUGUCACAUCUCGAGGACAAGCUGAGGAAGAGUCACCUUCACAGGAAGAGACAGUUGCUCCUGGGGAAGCUGUCCAGGGCUCUGUGUCCACCACUGGGCCAGACUGAAACAUCCAGGGGAAGGGGGCUGACCCUCUUCCCCUUUGAGCCAUAAGCAGCCAGCAUCAGAGCCACGGGCUGAUACUUAGAUUCACAAAAUGCCACAUCACUAGGCCAGAAGAUGCUCCCAAGAUGUUGCCAAACUGGAGGAUCAGCAACUUACACAAAAGCACUAAAGGCUCCUCCCUUCUUAUUGCCCGCCUCACACUUUGGAAAAUAAUCAAGCAAAUCAACUUUCUAAUUCAGGGAUCAACAGCCUUGGUUUGUUAACUUUAUAAGAAAAAAGGUUUUUUAACAAAACGAUGAUGAUAAAUGGUCAUUUAUCUAUCAGUCAUGUUUGAACACUGUACUUUGGUCCAUAUCAUCUUGGUGGCUAUAAUUGCCCGGAUCUAAAAAAUGCAGCAGGAGCCUCAACCAUCCGAAGCAGCCAACCACAAGAGAGGAGGUAGUCAUGAUGGUGAUGAGGAGGAGAAAUUUCUCCUCUUCCUUCUCUGCCAUAAGAUGCAUUUUUGUGUUUCAAGAAAAAACAAAUGAAUACUGGUGGUUCUUAUUUUGAAAGGUUAGACUUUAUCUUUCCCCUGACUAGGCAUCUAAUACUUUGCCUGGUUAUUUCAUAUAAUCAGCCAUCUUGAAGCAGUAUUCUAGUGGACAACAUCACCUGAAGCACUUGGCAACUGGGAGUGAAAUGAGCAGCAAAGUGUAUGCAAUAGGUACUGCUACAUUUGGGGGGCUUGAGUGUUGUGUUGAGGAAGAGGAGAGCAGGGAGGGAAGUGUUUUUAUGUUUUGCAAAUAUCAAACAGCACAGAGCCGUUCUGCAACUUCCUGACUGGUAUUUGUAAACCAUAGUGCUACACAUCCUUGGGUAAUGGCUCUAGUUCAGGUGAAUUAAUGUGUUAGGCUGACUACCAAAGUUUCAUCCAGUCUCUUUGGCUCCUAUUUUCACGUUCAGCAAUAUUGUAAUCAAAAAUGUCACUUUCCAGUGAAAUGAGCCUGGAUUGUAUUUUUAAAUCCACAGGUCUCCAUAUUUGAUAACUUUUAUAUGAAGUUUUAAACAUGUUUUUUCUGCAGUAUUGUGGUUGAAGAAAUUCAACACUAUGGUUCUUACUGCAACCACAAUUUCAUUUCCUUAUACAUAUGUAAUAGUUUAUAUUUUCAGGCAUAUAGAAGAACCUCACUUAAAACUAUGUCUCGGGUCUGCAAACCUAGUAAUUCAUAAACCAACCAUCAGCAAACCAUAGCUGGUGACUCCAAGAGCUUUGCUUUUUAAUAAUAUACUACAGGGCACUUAUCAGAAAACAUCAUGCAGAAUCAUGUUGCAAUAAAUGAUCAAAGGAUCAAUUUUGAUCAGGUUUGGUUACUUAGUCAUUCCUAAGAUUUUUAAAACUUCAAGGGACCCUUUUAGUAAUUCUGGGUAUUUCUAAGAUUCUUAAUCCAGCACUGAGAGAAAGAACUUACCAAACAUGUAGAGCUUUAGAUACCCCGUCUUUCAUGAAGUGAGAGAAGGAGAAAUAUUAAGGGAUGCGGGCAAAUAGAUGCUUAUAACUUACAGUGCAAGUUGAAAAAUCUCUAGCUUCUGUUGACAGAGCACUAGUUGUUGGGGUUCUUUUAAGUAUGUAAUGGUUUAAGAAAUUGUUUCAGUGCAGAGGCAUAGAUGACUGUAAAAGAGAUUUGGCAGAGGGGCAGGUUGUACCUGCACUGGUGAACCAUCUGUGAGAAUGUUAGUCAUGUGCUCCUUUCCUGAGAUUGCUUUGUGGUAUGUGAAAAGGUGGGUAGAAAAGAAAGAAAUUUCUUUGAGAUAAGAAAUUAGAAUGCAAAGGGUAGAUCUUAAGCAAUCUGAGAAUUGUACAUGUACAUAAAGCUGCACCCUCUCACAAGAGAAAGGUUAUUUUAUCUUCUGAAAAAGCAUAGAAAUGCAUCUUUUAUGGGAAGAUAAUGAUGCUACCAUUUAAUAAGAGCCUACCCUUAAAGGCAGCAUUGAAACUGUAUUUUGUCUUUAGAAGACAUAGACUGGUGCAUCCUCCGCUUUAGUUAGGCAACAGCAUGAUAAGGAAAAAACUGUCUUCUAAAGCCAUCUUUAGGGACUGGCUAUGCUCUGUGGCAUAGAAAAGGUAAAGUUGAAUUAGCCAAAAAUCCUUAGGGAAACAACUGGUAAUAAGGUUUUCAGUGGACAGAUUUUGCCAUUACUAAAUAGGCAGUGAGGUGAGAAGUACAGAUUAUGCUGCUUUGGAUGGAGCCUUUAAGCCUACCAAAAAACUUUAAGUCCAUCCUACUUUUGAGAAAUAGUAUGCUAGAAAGUUCUGUUUUUCUUUUUCUUCUUUUUUAUAUUUUUUAGAGACUGUGUCUUCUUCUUGUCACCCAAACCAGAGUGCAGUGGUGCAAUCAUAGCUCACUGUAAUCUUGAACUCCUAGGCUCAAGCGAUUGACCUGCCUCAGCCUCCAGGUAGCUAGGACUAUAAAAUGUUUUUGUAGAGACGGUGUCUCUACAAAAUUUGCCUAGGUUGGUCUUGAACUCCUGGCCUCAAGUAAUCCUACCACCUUGACCUCCCGAAGUGCUAGGAUUACAGGCAUGAGCCAGUGAACUUGGCCUGGAGAAAGAAUUCUUUGUUGCUUUGUUAGUUUCUUAGAUUAUAUGUGAGAAAAUGGAGCUUUUUAAACUAUUACCAAAUUUUAAAGGUGAAGUGCAGUAAUUUCUGUAAAGACAAACUUUGCAGCAUUUGUCAAUUCUCCUUCCAGGGUUAGCAACAAACAAAUGAGGUAGGGACUAUCUCAUUCAUGUGGAAAUGCUAUGAAUGUUUGGUGGGUUUCCCCUCCCUUUUCUUUUCAUUCACUUUAAAUAGCCUUUUCCUAUAUUGAUACUGUGAAUAGGGUGCUUCCUGGUCAUCUAGGACCACUUUAGCACAAUCAUGUUUGCUGGUUCUCUCAAUUGGCCUAGCCAGAGCCACAAAAUUCAUGAAAAUUUAAGGCAGGCUAGCUUUUAAACAAAUUAAAACUUCUGAAAACAAUUUCAGCCUUUUCGUUAAAAGAGAUGUUGUUAUUCUAAAUAACUGUCCAAGACUCUUACCCACAUACACUGUGACAUUGUCCUAGUUCUUAGCUAACAACACGUUGGUCAUAGGAGUUACUGAUGUUCUAUCUACAUUAAUGAACACCUAUUGGUGUAUGCACAGAGGAUACCUCUUAAGGAUGUACUAAAUGGACUUUGGUUGAUGCUGAAAAUUAAUUACCAAAUCUUAACUUGCACGUGUUACCUUGUGAAGGGAACUGCAUUAGCAAUGAGAGCUACAUCAUCAUGAAGUACUUUAAUGCCAUGAAAUUGCAAACACUGGGACUGUUUUCAUUUAUUGAGUGGCACUUAGUAGCAAAGGAGCUAUCCAGUAUUCUCAGCAAAGAAGAGAGACGGAAGUAUAUUAAUCUAUUUUCAUACUAAGAUGUUCCUUUAUUCUGUCUGAACUCUAAUACCAGUAUAAAAUAUAGCAUUGGCAUGAACAGUUAAUGCUGUACUUAGGCAGAAAGGCUCCUUCUAAUGACUUGUUCUCUCUUUACUCAGAACCGUAUUUACCUCUGAACCAAGUUGAAUUUUAUUUUAUCCAAGUUGCAAACUACCCCAUGCCAUUUUUAUUAUAAUAGAGGGUUAAAUCUAAUCUCAAAUACAUAAAGGUAAAUUAGUUCAUAGAGGAUAAAGUUUGGGAAUGAAGAGAGCAGUUAAGGAAAUUUUAUUUUUUGUCAUUUUUUAAAUGUUUCCAGUUCCCUCUACAUCAGUGAAACAGGGUUUUCCAAAGAUGGUUUGAAGAUAGAAAAAACUUUUUCCCCCCGGCUUCAUAGUUGACAUCUGGUAUUGGUUGGAAUUGGUCUGGUGGCAGAGUGAAGUAGGGAACUUCAUUUUUUUCUUUUUUUUUCUUAAAG